UCAGAAUCAAGAGUAUUCGAGAAAAGAAAAAUAGAAAAGAAUAAAUUUCAUUUUUUAUAUACAGUUUAGUUUAUAGUUAUUGUUACUAAAUUUCCAAAUCUAUGCACAUCCUCAAGUACAUCACCCUUCCCCAAGGUACUGGUUGCCUCACUAUAUGCCAAGAAAAUGGCGUAUAAGAGGGCACAGUUGGGAACAAACACCUUGUCCUUAGCAUAACACCACAACUGGAAUUAAGAAUCUCAAAAGUUUGCUAAUAACUUUGUAUUUCUACAGAUAAAUAUAGCCAAGUAAAACAUUCUUUUGUCUUUUUUUAAAAAAUAUCCGUUUGGAGUUUUUACAAAGUAGAGAAAGAAUGUCAGGAAAUUCAGAGUUUGAAGGGACGUUAGAAUCCCUCGAACAUUCUAAAACAGGCAUAUCUGGUUCGAAAAUUUUAAAAUUAACGAAUUUGGCAAUGGAAAAUAUUGGCGAAAAUGCUCAGUUCAUCACUAGUGUGUAUAAGUAUGCGAAACGCGCUCCUAAUACCCAUAAGUUAGGCGCCCUGUAUAUUCUAGAUUCCAUCGUACGUAGCUUUCAGGAUGGCGCUAAAAAGAAUAAUGAAUCAUUUGAAUCUCCAGUGGAUGCUUCUUUUAGUGGUGGUUGGUGCAAAGCUGCCGAAGUUACUGAAAGCUUGGUUGCUGAUGCAACGCAUCAUGCCCCUUCUGCUCAUUUGCCAAAAAUCUUAAAACUCUGUGACAUCUGGGACAAAGCUUCCACUUUGCCCCAAGACAAAUUAGAAUCUCUUCGUUCCAAAAUCAAAGAAGCCAUUGGCUCUUCUGAGCAGGUUAAUUCUCCUAAUCGUGACACUUCUGCUUCAUCAACGCAGCCUAGUGUCGAGAAUCCUUCCAAUGUAACUGCUUCUGCUCCAGAGCCAUCCGCUCCUUCACUACCCCCUGCUGCUUCGACAAACGAUCCUGCCUCCAUAUUGGAAGCCCUUGCAGCCUUUGCCCAAAAGGCCCCCGCUCCCUCUACAGCCUCCACAGCUUCUGGCACCCCAACUAUACAAGAUCCCGUCUCUCACUCUGGCCCGGUAGGCGGUGCACCUGCAAACAUUAGCCCUGUACCUCCGGCUGCUGCUUUGAACCCACUGCCCCCUCAAUCGGCUCCUUCAAUGCCUACUCCUAUGUACCAGCCGAUGGCUGGUGCUCCUCCCUCUAUGUUGGGCGGUGCGAUGGCACCAAACCCAGCUGCUCCCGUACCUGAUACUGAAACUCAAAAAAUUAACCUUAUUAAUGUUUUGGCUUCUCAAAACGUCCCAGCUCCUCAAAUCGAAACUAUCAUAAAAGCCGCUUUUCCUUCUUAUAGUGCACCUUUGCAAGGAGGUCCCCCAAGCGCAUUAUCUGCUACUGCCCCUACGUCAGGACUUAUGGAUUCCUUGCAUAGGUCUCGUAGUCCUAGUCCUCGCAGUAAACAAGCUGGUCGUACGCCUAGUCCUUCACGAAUGUCUAUUCCCUCUGCUAUGCCGGCCAAUGGGAUGCCAAAGCCAACUCCGGAUGGCAUGCCUCGUAAAUUGGAGCGGGAUAUAACCAUUCCUCCUGACUCCAUUAAAGUAUAUAGUCGUACCCUUUUUCUGGGUGGUAUUACUCGCGCUGUACGUGAACCCGUUUUACGUUCGAUGUUUGAACGUUUUGGUGCAGUUCAAAGUCUCAUUUUGAAUCACAACUAUAGACAUGGUUUUCUUAAAAUGUUCCGUCGUGAGGCUGCCGAAAAGGCACAGGUCGCAAUGGAAAAUGUUCCUUUUGCUGAUACCACCAUUCGUACUAAAUGGGGUGUUGGUUUUGGCCCAAGAGAAUGCUCUGAUUUUACCUUUGGUGUCAGUGUAAUUCCUAUACGUUUAUUGACUGAUGCUGAUCGUACUUGGCUUGUAACAGCCGAAUACGGCGGUACUGGCGGUGUUCCCGUAACACCGGGUGUUGCUGUUGACGAACCCGACAUUGAAAUUGGGUUGGGCAUAAGUUCCAAAGCUAUAAGUAAACGUGGUAAAGAUAUGAAUGUUCGACGUGAUGAUAGAAUGCGAGGACGUAAGCCUUUCCGUGGAGGUUUACCCCACCAAGGAGAAAGACAUUUUGAUCCCUCUGGUGGUUGGCCCAAUGGUGGUGGUGCUAUGCCUGGAAACAUGUACAAUCCAGGCUAUUCUUCAUACUACGAUCCUAAUUAUUCGUCUGCAUCUGGUUAUGCAACACAGCCUCCUUGGCAACCACAAUAAUUACAAUGGCUUGCGGUUAAUUAAUUAAUUAAUGGAAAAAUAAAUGGGUUAAUUAUCGGUUAGUUGUUUAAGCGUGUUAUGAGCAUUAAGUAUUUGUUUUUUUUACGUUAUGAUUUACUCUACGUAUGUUCAGUUAGUAGCAAAUGCAGAGUAAAUUAUGUAUUUAUUUAGCCGUAUUAAUAUUAUGUACA